AUUUAAGUUAUUAAAUAUAGUUUAUAUAAGUUGAUUCUGUAUCAUAGCUAUCGGAUCUAUAUUUAGAAUAUGGCAGAUCUCGUGUAUCACGUGAUCAAAUAGACCAAUCAGUAUUAAGCUGUAUAGCAUCACUGCAUCAGUUUUGAAGUUCUUCUGUGGCUAAACAAAUUUCUUAGAUUCCUUCGGAAUAUUAUUCAAGGAUUUAUCACUUGUGCAUAUUUAUUUGUGUUCAUUGAACUUACGGUAUAUACACCAAACUGCGAAUUUGAACCUCGACAUGUGAAUGUGAGCGUGGGUGUUGAUACGGACACGCUCUAUUUGCAGUUUCCUUCAGAUUCUAGGAUAUUGUUUCUGUUUAUAUCGCUAAUAUUCAGUGUAACAUUACUGUGAUUAGUACCUUCGUUACAGUUAAACUUCGAAUGUGAACAGUGACAGGCUAAUGUGCGCAUGCUUUGUUUAAAUUGUCACGCUCCAGUUACCGAGUUUAUUACAAUCUUUAUGUGAUUACUGUGACUAAGCUACGCGUCAUAUCUUCUAAAAUGCCAGGAAGGAAACGAAAACAAAACGCUACAACAGCGCCAGUUAGGCAGAGACAAGUCAGACCCCGUCACGAAAACAAUUCGCGAUGGAAUUUGAACGAGCCUGAAAAUUGGUCUACUUCAGAAUUGUUUAAUAAACUGAGAGAAGCCAAUAUAAUCUUGCCAUCAAAUUUGAAGAAAGCUCAACUCGUGCAAAUAUUUAAGGACAAUGUUCUGAAUAAAGACAGAAGUGACUCAACGGACGAUUCAAGGGAAAUUCAGGUUCAGGACCGAGAGGUAAAUGUUCAAUAUGGCGAAUUGAAUUUACUUCCGGCAUCUUCAAUUAACAAUCCCGAGAACGAGGCUGGGCGGAUGUCAACAAAUGAUCCAUUCCUUAGGCACCAAGACGAGGCUGGGCGGAAGCAGGUAGACCUGUCAAAUGCUGUCCAAAACAUACAACGAUCAGUUGAGCAUCUCGCAAAUGAGAUUAGCACACUCAAGCGCCGCGGCGUUUCCAACCAGGACAAUGAGCCCUCAGGAUCAGGAAAUUUCACAAUUGACGCACCUACGCCAAGAAUAUCUUCCGACUCCGUCCCUCAUAUAGAAACGGUAUCGUCAAAUCUGCGAAACCAGAUCAUGCAAGGUAAGGAUGUCAACUUGGCUCUACUUCUUAUGCCUCACGAAAUUGAGGAGAAUAGUCUACAUGACAGCGAUGGGCGCUUCAUCGUAAUUAAAAACAACACUGACCCCAGAUUACAAAGAAAUCUGACUUUAAGCGAGUUUAUAGUGGCAUUCACUAAGUAUCGGAACAUCCUAUGCGAAUUCUUUCCAGAGAGAAGGUCCGAGUUAGAUGCAUACUUAAGGGAUAUCAUUGAAAUGGCAUCCACCACUAAGGGGUCGGCUUUUUACGAUUACCACAAAGCAUUUUCAGCAAGGGCCAGUACACUUCUACAACAGAGAAACAUCAGAAUUGAUUGGGCUAUUAGAGACACAAAACUAUUUACAACCAUAUUUGCCGGACAGACUAUUAAUCGUUGUGAAAUGUGCAAUAGUGUCACACAUUCGUCCCACUUCUGCCCCAGAAUUAAACACAACACCUUGCAAUCCCAGUCAAGCGCAUCACAACAAAAUCCGCAAACAUCUAGUCUGUGUGAUGUUCAGGGCAGGCCUAGGAUUAAACAUAAGGGCAAAGAAAUUUGCAACAAUUUUAACAGUGUGACAGGGUGUCAGAGGAAAGCGUGCAACUUAGUCCACAUAUGUUCAGAAUGCAAAUUCAACAACCACGCAGCACCCACGUGCAACAAACUGAAAGCCAAGCAAAGUAUCACCAGUGAAAAGGCGUGACUAUUAGAUGACAAAUCCCACUCAGGAAAUAUUGUUUCAGAUUUUAAGGUGACCAAAUUCCGACAGGCUGCCCCUCAAGCAGAAAAGAACCCAGUUAUGAUUCCUGCAAUGCAAGAACUCGUACUAUAUUAGAGGAAGAAGCUGAAAGAUUGUGUGAAAAUUCUUUGAGUGAAAGCACAAAAAG